AUGGCCGAUAUCCGUCCUGAUGGUCCCCCUAGGGAGGGUGUCAGAGGUGGACUGGAACAGUUCAAGUGGGAUGAUAUCAAGAAUAUCAGUUAUAAAGAUAGAGAGCAAUAUCUGGGUUACUCAACGAGACUAGGCCAACUGGGCAAAUUUGGUCGGUGGAACCGUAAUGAUUGGUGGCGGACGGAACGAAGAGGAGCCAAGCAGAUCGAAGAUGAGAGGUCUUCUAUUCAGCAGUAUGAAAACGAGAUCAUGCUAGAGGCCCUUGGUCAGAAGCCUAAGAGGCUCUUGCUGAUGCGGAGUGACAAUAUGACGCCUGAGCAACUUGCUGCUAUUGCUCGAGGGGAUGACCCUGACAAGCCUAAGGAUGCCGAUGGGAAUGUUAAGGAUGAGAACGCAGCAGGCCCGGGAGAUGAUGACUAUGAAACGCAGAAGUUGAUCGAAGAGUCUAACUCGAAGAAGGGAAUGGGGUUCAACCCUUAUGCCAAGCAGGCGGAUCGACUGUACGGGAAGUCUAACACGACGGUGCUGGGGGAAGAUGGCGUUACUCGAGAGGUGGUGAAAUUGGAUGAGGAUGAUAAUGUGAAGAAGGAGUUGGAUGAAGAGGCAGACGAUAACAGGGAGGAGUGGGAGUAUCGGCCGCCACCACGGAAGGUUUUGGGACCUGUCAUGCCUGGUAGAGAGAGAGUGAAGGAGGAGCUGGAGGAGGGAGAGGAGGAGGAGGAUCCGAGGGAUGCUAAGGCAAGACGGAAGGCUGAGAAGAAACUCGCUAAGAAAAUCAAGAAGGAUGAGAGGCGAGCUGAGAAGAAGAGGAGGAAGGAGCACAGGGAGAGGUAA